AUGACUUUAAUAAGAAAGUCCUCAUCCGACAUGUCCGAUCGUCUACACCGUACCAUAGAGAAGUUUAAGACUAUGAUCAAAAUGGGACUCUGGUCCCCGAAGCAAGCAAAGAAGCAACAGGAGGAUGGCCAUGGACGCUGUUACCUAAUGGAAUUACCCACCGAGUUGUUGUUGGAGAUCAUAUCUCAUCUGACAGUGCUGCCGGAGGCUGCGCUUGCGCUGACCAACAAGCGCAUGUUCUUGAUAUCUGGAGAAGUCCUGCUUUCUAAAUCCCUCCGGUUUAGCCGUGAUUUUGCGCCGCUUUUCCACCAUUACCGCAACGGACACAACUUUGUCACACCCCGUUGGUCAUUCCUUAACCUGUUGGAAACCUCCCGCUGGAAAUUAUGCUCCAAGUGUUUGAAACUCCACCCUCCAGCUGCCUUUUCGUCCAGAGAGCUGAGGCGAAAGCCAGAGACUCGAACAUGCAAUCUUGGAGAGUUCGCAGGGGUCGUUGACCUGUGCCCAUGCAAGAAAUUAACUUUCCGCGACAAGCUCGAUCUCGCAGAUCAUGUUCGAGUGCUGCAGGAAAUACUGCAACCCUUGAAAUCAAAAUUUGAGACCGUCAUUAACGACCGCUACUGCUGGCAUACAUGCACCGAGCAGUAUGGCCCAACCGAGCUGAAGAUAUCGUUAUUUCCAGAAAUCAGUGCCGACAAUCAGCUGACUGUUCGCACUGAAUAUGAGCUCACCACUGAGUCGGGCCAAGUUGGCAAGGAAGACUAUAUGACACCCCGCUUCGGGUGUGCGCAUAGAUCGGUAGACCUGUGGCUCUCGAGCGUUCACCAAACCACUAUAUGUCGCCUCUUCGACUCUCUCUGCUCAUCCUGCAAGCGUAUAUCAGUCUGCAGUGCAUGUGACACGACGUUGACAUGUCCACGAAAGUCACCAUUCCAUCUUGAAAAAUCUGGCAGGGCGACAUAUUCAUUCUGGACCCAGAGAAGCCUGGGAGGGACGGGUCCAGUUCCUGACCCAGCUUGGGGAGCACAAAGAAUCCAUCCAGCCGAACCCUCAGUUAGUGUUGAAAACUGCAACGAGUUGUGUCCUUGGACAGUACGUGAACAUCCAGCGCUCUCAUUCGCGCCGAGCAUAGAGCAGGAAAUUAUCGAUUCUGGAAUAGGUAAUUUACCCAUCAACCAACUUUACACAUACAUCAACAUGGUUUAA